AUGAAGUACAGGUCUGUGGACUCGGUGGUACAAACGGAUGACGCGGUCAACUAUCCCGUGGAGUUCCUUAACAACAUGAACCCUCCUGGCUUACCGGCCCAUAAGCUUUUCCUUAAAGUGGGGGCACCAGUGAUGUUGAGAAAUCUGAAUCCGCCAAAACUUUGCAAUGGAACAAGGCUGCGAGUAAAGGCCUUAUAUAGAAAUGUCAUCGAGGCCACAGUAUUUACCGGCUGUGCUCGGGGAGAAACGGUGUUUAUACCACGCAUACCACUCAUAUCAUCAGAGUAUCUUUUUGAGUUCAAGAGGCUGCAGUUCCCUCUCAAAGUCUGUUUUGCUAUGACUAUCCACAAGUCCGAGGGGCAGUCGCUAAAAGUAGCAGAAAUUGAUUUAAGUGAGGAUUGUUUCUCACAUGGGCAGUUCUAUGUGGCCUGCUCGAGGGUGAGCUCACCAAGCAGUCUGGUGAUAUUAGCACCUGAGGGGAGAACCACCAAUGUGGUAUACAAAGAGGUCCUUAAAUAG